CCCAGGCAAGGUUCUUUCGGUACCUGAUAAUAAUACUCCUCUACUCGCCACACUGCCGUAUCGUCACCUGGAAUGGGAGGCCUGAAUCCCUAGCGAUCCGUCCCGGUUGCAAUACAACUAAAUCUAUGUCUAAUACAGUAAACAGCUAUGGUGAAAGAAGAACAGAAGCCUGGGGCCGGGGCCUUUCGCUUCGUUAACCCUCGGCCCCGGAAGAAAAGACGACCGAAUCCUUUCUGGGCUAACCAAUAUAAUACGAAACAACAUGGAGUCCCCGGGAGACAUAGUCCGGGCGCAACAGAGGAUUCGUAUACUUCUCGCCCGAGCAAUGCCAUGAACAGAGGGAUCUUAUCACCGGAAAAUGAAAAUAGUCCCACGGAGACGAGGGACUGUGUCUAUCAGGAGCAGCAUCGGCGAUCGAGCAUAACCCCAGUUGACAUAGGAAUGUCAGCGCCAUGCGACUCCAGCGCCGAAUUGCCGGAUCAUUUGAUAGAUACGUUGGACACCGAGACUCUUUGGGAUAUAAUGGACGUAAGAAUGUCAGAUAACUGGCACAAUCACCAUGACUUGUCCACAUCCCAUCUUGCCCUUCCGUCUCCUAUGCCGUCUGGUCCCUCAUGUCUCGAUGAGACGCUAGCUCUGGAAGACCAUGACACAUAUGGUAGGACUGGACUCCACGAGAAACUCAGCCCUGACAACAGUUCAAACCGGCUCUCUUUGACUCCUGUUCCGGAUACAUUUCCCGGCACUGGAGCCAUAGAGCAAUGCCCGAAUCCAUCCCAAAGAACUACACACUCUCUAUUCAAUUUAGGGCCGUGGCCGCGGAAAAGUUCGCCUCUCGCCUUUUCCAUGCAGCCAAAGUCUCCAGAUGUAAGUGUGCAGACUCUUAUUGACAGAUACAACCGCCAGUUCUGUGCUCUACCCAUAACGUCAGACUUUCCCUAUAAUCCAUUCCGUUGCCAAACGAGGGGCUUGGAUACCUCAACUGGCCUUCUCCACGCCUUUCUAGCCAUAGCGUAUUACCACAUAGAUCGUGAAAGCCCACAUGUGGAGUACAGCGCGGAGAUGAACUUUCACAAGGGCGCCGCAAGGAAGCUCUGUGAAACUGAGCUGAAAGACAAGACUCUCCUUCGGCCUAUCUCAAGCUUCAGUAAUUUGAUAAAUACAAUUGCUGUGUUAUUCACAUUUGAGGCAGCUCAGUCGGCCAUAGGCAGGUGGUCGCACCACCUAACAUGCAUUCAUGAUAUCCUUGAACAUUCUGGGGGGGCGUCUGCCUUAUCCCGCUCCCCAAAGCUGCAAACACAAGUUAUCAUAUGUCUCUGGUGGGACGUGACUGUGGCGAUGACUUCACGUGAGGCCCCUGUCUUUCCCUACAGCUAUUUCAAUGAGCUCCUCUCGUUGGAAGAAGAGUCCCUUUGGACUUUCUUCGACAUGACAGGCUGCCCACGUGGACUACUCGUGGCCCUGGUUCAGCUUGCGCACAUGGCUGCGGAACGAGAGAGGGUCCUUGGCAUGCGGUUUGCAUGCUUUAACUUGAAAUUAGUUGAUGAUAUCGAGGAUUCAAUAUACAAUUGGUCCCCUUCUUCCCACGAAGAACCACUGGACUGGAAAGAUGAAGAGGAGAUGCACCUUGAGCAAGAUCGGAUUCAUUGUUUUGAGGCGUGGCGGUUUGCCCUACUCCUGUAUAUCCAGCGCGUGUUUCGGUGGAACAGGAAAACUGCCCCGUGGGGUAGAAUUAAAUUCCUGGCCCGCAAAGUUGUGGACCAUAUCCAGUCAUGUCGACUCUCGUCUUUCGUAUCAAAACAGGUUCUCAUGCCAGUGUUUCUCGCUGGCGCUGAGCUACAGAAUCAGGAUUGCCAUGAUACAGUGCUUCGGUAUUGCCAUGAAUGGCACAAAAAGAGUGGAUAUAAACCGUUUGGAGAUACUAGAUCCUUGUUGGAGGAGAUCUGGAAGGAGCAGGAGGAAAGCGAUUCGCAGUUGGUCUGGUGGGGGUCGGUUAUAGAUGCAAAACAUAAGAAUUUCGAGUCAUGCGAGCGCUAUAAACUGGGAUGAUAAAUUUAACGGAUAGCAUUUUGCUUCAAGAAUGAUGUUUGGAUAGCCAUGAGCUGUCAU